AUGUACACCCUAGGUGGAGUUUUGGUGUUAGAUGCACAUAACGAUUUAAAACACUGUUCUCGGUUCUUGGAUUUCGCAGGGCUGGUGGUAUAA